CCUUAUUUUUUUCCCUUUCUUUGUGUUUGAAUUUGCAGAGGUAGCAGCCAUGGCGACCGGUCUAUUCCGCACAGCGGUUUCAAGGGUCUCAGCUCUGGCCUCGACGCUGGUACGCGCUCGAGCUCAUGCUUCGGAAGCUGAAGCCCAGCAGGUUAAGGCUAAGGCACAAGAUACCUCUAAGGUCAAGACAUUCUCCAUCUAUCGAUGGAACCCUGACAAUCCUUCCAAGCCUCAACUCAAAGAUUACCAGAUUGAUCUCAAGGACUGCGGUCCCAUGGUUCUUGACGCUCUCAUCAAGAUAAAAAACGAAAUUGACCCGUCGCUUACUUUCCGCCGAUCUUGCCGUGAAGGCAUUUGUGGGUCCUGCGCCAUGAACAUCGACGGAUGCAAUGGACUUGCCUGCCUCACUAAGAUCUCCACGGAUUCUACCAGCACCGUCACCCCGCUGCCGCACAUGUUCGUUAUCAAGGAUCUCGUCGUCGACAUGACUAAUUUCUACAAUCAGUAUAAGAGCAUCGAGCCCUGGCUGAAGAGGAAAAACUCGCCGCCUGUGCCAGGGAAGGAGAUUCCGCAGAGCAAGAAGGAUCGGGCGAAGCUUGAUGGGAUGUAUGAAUGUAUAUUGUGCGCUUGUUGCAGUACGUCCUGUCCCAGUUAUUGGUGGAACCCUGAAUCCUAUCUCGGCCCCGCCUCUCUUCUUCACGCGCAUCGGUGGAUACAAGAUAGCCGUGAUGAAUACACAAAAGAGCGGUUGGAUGCAAUAUGUGAUGAGUUCAAGCUGUAUCGCUGCCAUACAAUAAUGAACUGUGCACGGGCCUGCCCCAAGGGAUUAAAUCCUGCGAUGCAGAUUACUAGCAUCAAGCAGCUCCAGCUCUCCAAUGGGAUUUAAGGUUUCUAAGGCGAGUUUGUGUGGAAAGUAAUGUUUGAGCAGGUGUGAUUUUGAGCGUUCAUGUGACUGAAAAAAUGGUACAAGGAAGAGUUAAAUAAUCUUGGCACUGGGUCAUUUUUUUGUUCAAUGCAACAAAUUAUUGUUCUUUUGAUGUGGGCUGGAUUGUUCACCUCUUUGUUUACCAAACGUGUUCAUAGAACUGUUCUUGGUCUGGGAGUUGUCAUUUUAAUAGCAUUGGCACUGGGUCGUUUUUGCUCAAUUUGGCAUAUUAUUGUACUUUUGAUAUGAGGGCUGGAUUCUUCACCUCUUUGGCUUUUUCAAAAUAAGUGUCCAUAGAAUUAUUCUUGGUC